AAAAUGUUCUGUUUCCUCUUCCAGUACAAUCAAAAGAGACACCUUUACUGCUAAGCUCUUUGAUAUCUACAAGCAAGUCCUGAAAGAAGGCAUUGCACAGACUGUGUUCCUGGGCCUGAACCGCUCAGACUACAUGUUCCAGAGUAAUGCAGAUGGCUCCCCAGCCCUGAAACAGAUUGAAAUCAACACUAUUUCUGCCAGCUUUGGGGGCCUUGCAUCUCGGACUCCAGAUGUGCACCGACAUGUUCUCAAUGUCCUGAAUAAGACCACAGAAGCUACCAAGAUCCUCUCCAAUAAUCCCAGGAGGGGACUGGCCCUGGGGAUCGCCAAAGCCUGGGAGCUCUAUGGGUCAGCCAAGUAAGUAUGGG